AAACUUCCUAUUGUUUGGAUUACUCCUUCAGGAUUAUUAAUUAGUCAAAAAUAUGUGAAACUCACAUCUAUAACAUUAUCUACUAAAGUUUUAGGUAAAACUAAGAGAAUUCUUGUAAAAAGUCCUAUUAAAGAAAAAAUUAAUAAAAUUAAACAAGUAAAUGCAUUUAUUCCUAAUUUUGUACAUUCAAUGGAUGGAAGUCAUGUAGCGUUAUUAAUUAAAGAAAUUUUAUCUAAAGAAAAAAAUAUAAAUAUCUUAACUGUACAUGAUUGUUUUGCUACAAAUGCUAAUGAUGUAUAUAUUCUUUAA